AUGUUGUGUGUACUGUGGGAGACCAGAUAUAGUGGAUGCAGGGUGCGGGGAGAGCAGAUAUAGUGAAUGCAGGGUCCUGGGAGACCAGAUAUAGUGAAUGCAGGGUCCUGGGAAACCAGAUAUAGUGAAUGCAGGGUCCGGGGAGACCAGAUAUAUUGGAUGCAGGUCCGGGGAGAUCAGAUAUAGUGAAUGCAGGGUCCGGGGAGACCAGAUAUAGUGAAUGCAGGGUCCUGGGAGACCAGAUAUAGUGAAUGCAGGGUCCGGGGAGACCAGAUAUAGUGAAUGCAGGGUCCUGGGAGACCAGAUAUAGUGAAUGCAGGGUCCGGGGAGACCAGAUAUAUUGGAUGCAGGGUCCGGGGAGACCAGAUAUAGUGAAUGCAGGGAUCUCUGUGUGCUGUUAUUUAGUUGUAUUCUCUCCAUCAGUUCAGAUAUGUCAGCAUAGUGUGCGUCUGCAGAGCCCCAUAUAG